AUGAUGAGUGACGAAGUUGCUUAUUUGUUUGCACAAGAUACUGAUCAUAAAGCGCAGUUUGAAGCGUAAGUUUUUGAAAAUCGGAAAAUUCUGAUAUAAAAUGUGCCACGUGGCAAAAUUGGAGCCAAAAUCGAAUUUUCGGCGAUGAAAAUCGGAAAAUUUGAAAAAUUCUGAUAUUAAAUAUGCCGCGUGGCAAAAAUUCUGAAUUUUUGAUAUUUUCGAGCCAAAAUUUGAAUUUUCGGCGAUGAAAAUCGAAAAUUUUGAGAAAUUCUGAUAGAAAAAAUGCCACGUGGCAAAAUUUUUGAAAUUUUGCAUCUAAAAAUGACAUGUGGCAAAAUUUUUGAAUUUCUGAACGCCAAUUUUGCCACGUAUCAUUUUUGAAGCCAAAAUUUGAAUUUUCAGCGAUGAAAAUCGAAAAAUUUCACAAAAUUCUGAUAUAAAAUAUGCCACGUGGCAAAAAUGUUCGAGUUUCUGAAUAUUUUAAGCCAAAAUUUGAAUUUUCAGCGAUGAAAAUGGGAAAAUUUGCCACGUGGCAUAUUUUCUAUCGGAAUUUUUCCAAAUUUUCCGAUCUUCAUUGCUGAAAAUUCAAAUUUUGACUCCAAAGAUUCAGAAAUUCAAAAAUUUUGCCACGUGGCAUAUUUUAUAUCAGAAAUUUUCAAAUUUUCCGAUUUUCAUUGCUGAAAAUUCAAAAUUUAUCUGAAAAUUUGCAGUCUCUCAAAACUAUGCGAUGUAUAUUUGCCAAAACAGGCGAAAAUCGUCGACGUCGAGAAGAUUCUGAAUAUAAUUGAUACUGUAAUUGCACUCGAAACCGGAAGUAUGGUUGUUUCACGGCAAUUUGUGUCAUUAGUCACCGAAAGAUUGGAAAUGUCGUGUUUGGAUUCGGAAUCGAUUAAACAUAUUGCUGAAGGCAUUUUGAAUAUUAUCAAGGCCAGAACCAUUUCGUAUGAGGAUCAGGUGCGCGGAGCGUAUUUUAAAGCUCUAGAGCUUAAAAAUUGCAUUUUUAACCAUUUUUUAAAGCUUCUGGGCAUGUUUUCAAGGUUUAGAGCUCAAAAAUUGCAUUUUCAACCAUUUUUUUAAAGCUUCUAAGCAUAUUUUCAAAGUCUAGAGCUCAAAAAUUCGAUUUUCAGUCAAUUUUUAGCUCCGGAGCCUAUGUUCUGAAACUUUUGAGCUCAAAAAAUCGAUUUUUAGUCAAUUUUCGAGCUGCGAGAAUAUUUUAAAGCGUCUAAAGCGGUCAACAAAAUGUAUUUGCUCCCCAAAUUCGCGACUUUCCGAUAGCCGCACGCUCAUAACUCAAAAAUGGUGAUUUCAAGAAAAUCAAAAUAUGAUUUUUUUUGAGCUCAAAUUUUAGAGCUUGAAAAAAUAUGAUCAGAAGCUUAAAAAAUGGUAAUUAAAAAAUUUAAAAAUUUGAGCUCUAGAGCAUCAAAAUAGGCUCCGGAGCUCAAAAAUUGACUGAAAAUUCAGGAAAAAAAUCAUAUUUUGAGCUCCAGCCUCGAAAAUACCAUUUUUGAGUUAUGACGUGGCAAAGUUCGAGAUUUUCAAAAUAUCAAGUAACUUGAGUCCUGAUAUUUUGAAAAUUUCAAUCGAUUUUUGCCACGUCAUAACUCAUCUUGAGCUCUACAAUUUCCAGGAUCUUGAUCUAGAAACCAUAUAUUUCAUUGAAAGGCUGUGAGCCUAGAGUUUAGGCCAGCAAAAUUUUGAGCUCUAUGGACCUUAAUAUGCUCAGAAGUUCAAAAAUUGCUCAAAAAUCGAUUUCUUGAGCUCUAGAGCUUGAAAAUAUGCUCCGGAGCUCAAAAUUUGUCCAAAACAAAAAAAUUCCGCUUCAGGUAUGCAUAAUUCGCCUGCUGCUCGCAAGUAUUUACGAAAAAGAGGGUCGAAUUCGAGACGCAGCUCAGGCUCUUAUCUCAAUUAAUUCCGACGCAACUGCAAAAUUCAACGGGCCAAAAUCGGCAUCCGAAGGAAGUAAAGCACAAUUAUGCAUUCGAAUUACGAAAUUGUUGUUGGAUUGUAAUGAGGUUAGGAAAUUCUAUUUAGAUUCUAGAAUAUCACCGAAAAAAAUUCAUAAAAUUCAAGAGUUUUGUUGAAAAAUCUGGAAAAUUCACGGGAUUCUGGUCAUUUUGAGACCAAAUUUGCUAAUAAUUCUGAUUUUCCAGUAAAAAAUCGGGAUUUUCAACUCCUAGGCCUCAAAAUAGCUGAAAAUAUUGAUUUUUCAGCUCCCAGACCCAAAAAUAGCUGGAAAUUCUGAUUUUUCAGUCAAAAAUCGGGAUUUUCAGUUCCUAGGCCUGAAAAUAGCUGAAAAUAUUGAGUUUUCAGUCAAAAAUCGGGAUUUUCAGCUCCCAGACCUGAAAAUUCGGAUUUUUCAGCUCCCAGACCCAAAAAUAGCUGGAAAUUCUGAUUUAUCAGUCAAAAAUUGAGAUUUUCCAGCCCCUAGGCCUGAAAAUAGCUGAAAAUCUCGAAAUUUCAGUCAAAAAUCGGGAUUUUCAGCUCCCAGGCUCAAAAAAUGUUGAAAAUUCUGAUUUUGCAGUUGAAAAUUGAAAUUUUUCAGCUCCCAGACUCAAAAAAUGUGGAAAAAUCUGAUUUUCCAGUCAAAAAUUGAGAUUUUCAGCUCACAAACCGAAAAAUAGCUGAAAAAUAUUGAUUUUCUAGUCAAAAAUCCGGGUUUUCCAGCUCCCAGACCUGAAAAAUAGCUAAAAAUUCUGAUUUCUCAGCUCACAGACCUGAAAAAAAGCUUAAAAUUCUGAUUUUUCAGUUCCCAGACCCAAAAAAUCCCAAAAUCUCAAAAUUUCAGUCAAAAAUCGCGGGUUUCCAGCUCACAAACCUAAAAAUAGCUGAAAAUCUCUGAUUUUGCAGUCAAAAAAUGGAAUUUUCAGCUUCCAGACCCAAAAAUAGCUGGAAAUUCUGAUUUUCCAGUCAAAAAUCCGGGUUUCUAGCUCCCAGGCCUAAAAAUAGCUCAAAAUCUCAAAAUUUUAGUCAGAAAUCGGGGUUUCCAGCUCCUGAGCCUGAAAAAUAGCUGAAAAUAUUGAUUUUUUACUCUGAAAUUGGGGUUUUUAGCCCCAGGCCUGAAAAUAUUGAUUUUCUAGUCUGAAAUCGGGAUUUUCAGUUCCCAGGCCUAAUUUUAGCUGAAAAGUUUGAUUUUUCAGUCUGAAAUCGGGAUUUUCAGCUCACAAACCAAAAAAUAAGCUGAAAAUUCUGAUUUUUCAGCUCCCAGACCCAAAAAAACUGAAAAUCUAAUUUUUUCAGUCAAAAAUCGGGAAUUUCAGCUCUCAAAGCUAAAAAUAGCUGAAAAUUCUGAUUUUCCAGUCAAAAAUUGGGGGUUUCAGCUCCCAGACUCAAAAAAUGUUGAAAAAUCUAAUUUUUCAGCGCUCACACCCAAAAAAAGCUGAAAAUGCUGAUUUUCUAGUCUGAAAUUGAGAUUUUCAGCUCCCAGGCCUAAAAAUAGCUGAAAAUCUCAGAAUUUCAGUCAAAAAUCAGGAUUUCUAGCUUGUAGGCCUAAAAAUAGCUGAAAAUAUUGAUUUUCUAGUCUGAAAUCUGAUUUUUCAGUUCGCUAGACCUGAAAAUAGCUGAAAAAUUCUGAUUUUUCAGUCAAAAAUUGGGAUUUUUAGCUUGUAGGCCUAAAAAUAGCUGAAAAUCCCAAAAUUUCGGUCAAAAAUCAGGAUUUUCAGCUUCUGAAAAAGCUGAAAAUCUCAAAAUUUCACUCAAAAAAUCGGGAUUUUCAGCUCCUAGUUACUGAAAAUAGCUGAAAAUCUCAAAAUUUCAGUUGAAAAUCAGGAUUAUAGCUAAAAAUAGCUGAAAGUCUCUGAUUUUCCAGUCAAAAAUUGGGAUUUUCAGCUUCUAGUUACUGAAAAAGCUGAAAAAUCGGGAUUUUCAGCUCCCAGGCCCAAAAAAUGCAGAAAAUUCUGAUUUUUCAGCUCCCAGGCUUGAAAAAAUGCUGAAAAUCUCAAAGUUUUCUCAUUUUCAGAUCGAUGAAGCUGAACAAUAUGUAAAUCGAACAAGUAUUCUGAUGGUCGAAUGUAACAAUCCUGAAAUCACAAUUGAGCAUAAAAUUCUGCAAGCCAGAGUUUCAGACGCGAAACGGAGAUUCGUUGAAGCUGCUCAAAAGUAAAUUCAAUUUUUUUUUAAAUUUUUCCCAGAUCUUUAAAAAAUUCCCCAUUUUUUCCAGAUAUUAUGAAUUGAGCACAAUUGAUCAAAUUCCAAAAUCGGAUCGAAUUACGGCGCUAAAUAAAGCAAUGGUUUGCGUUUUGUUGGCGAAACCCGGAGUUCAACGAAAUCGCCUUCUGAGUUUGUUGUUCAAAGAUGAAAGAGCCGAGAAUUUUGUGUCUUUUGAAUUGAUUGCGAAAAUGUAUUUGACGCGGGUUAUUAGUAAGGAUGAGGUGAGCAUAUUUUCCUGCUCCAGGGCUCAAAAAUUGGAAUUUUAGAGCUUCUGAGCAUGUUUUGGAGCUCUAGAGCUCAAAAAUCGGAAUUUUAGAGCUUCUGAGCAUAUUUUCUUGCUCCAGGGCUCAAAAAAUUGAAUUUCGGAGCUCCUGAGCCUAUUUUCUUGCCCCAGAGCUCAAAAAUUGAAUUUCUGAGCUUCUAGAGCAAGAAAAUAGGCUCUGGAGCUCAAAAAAUCGAUUUUCUGUCAAUUUUUGAGCUUCCGAGCUUAUUUUCAAGAUCUAGAGCUCAAAAAUUGGAUUUUCAGCCAAAUUUUAGGCUCAGGAGCCUAUUUCCAAGCUCUAGAGCUCAAAAAUUGAUUUUUAGUCAAUUUUUGAGCUUCUGAGUUGAGCUACUGAGCAUAUUUUAAAGCUCUAGAGCUCAAAAAAAUCGAAUUUCCAGCCUUUUUCGAAUUUUGCCACGUCAUACCUUAAAAAAGGCAGAUUUCGAGGCUGAAAAUUCAAUUUUCAGCCAAAUUUGAAGCUGAAAUUUUGAUUUUUAUUUAUUUUUGGAGAUAAUAGCGAAAAAAAUUGAAAAAAAUAUUUGAUAAAAAAUUGUAUCAAAAUUUUGAAACGUAUUUUUUUUGGGGAAAAAAUGAAAAAUAAGAAUUUUUAGUCUAAAUUUGUCUGAAAAUAGGAAUUUGAGCUAUUGAAAAUGGAAGGUUUCUAGGGAGGAAAAUCUGAAAAUGAAAAAAUUUAGAAAAAAAAAUUCAUUUCAGAUUUUCCUCCUAGAAACUUUCAAUUUUCGAAUUUCCACGUCAUAAAUAAAUUUAUUCUAGUUUUUCAGCUCAAAAUCUUAUUUUCAGACAAAUUUGAACUAAAAAUUCUAAUUUUUCAUUUUUUUGGUCCAAAAAAUACGUUUCAAAAUUUUGAUAUGAAAAUGAAAAAAAUUCAGAUUUUCUGAACAAAAAUGGACUUUUCUGAAUCGAUUUUGUAUCGAAAAGAGCAAUUUUGAGCUAAAAAUUCAUCAGAAAUCUAGAUUUUCAGAGUUUUUAACUUCAGAAGAUCAAAUUUUUUGAAAAAAAUCCCAAAAUCAACGAUUUUUCCAGCUUGCCGAAUUCGAAAGUCUCCUUCAACCACACCAAAAAACCGACGAACAAGGAGAAUCCAUUUUGAAGUGAGUUUUUACCAAUUCAACUUUUUUUCCUGGCUGAAAAAUCUGUAAUUUCAAAUUUCAGAGGCGUAAUUCAAGAGCAUAAUAUCACAGCGAUCAGUCAAUUAUACACGAAUAUUUCGAUGAAAACACUUGGAACACUUUUGGGAGUGUCUGAAGAUGCUGUAAGUUGGAUUUUCAGAAAAUCAAGACUGAAAUUGGAAAUUUUUUGGAUUUUAGGCCGAAUUGAUGGCUGGUGAGAUGAUUUCUUCAGCUCGAUUGUCUGGUUAUAUUGAUCAAGUCGAAGGGAUUUUACAUUUUGAAGGUGGGUGUUUUUUUUGGGUUUUGGGGCCUAUUCUCAAGCUCUAGAGCUCAAAAAAUCGAUUUUCUGUCAAUUUUUAGGCUUGGGAGCCUAUUUUCAAGCUCUAGAGCUUAAAAAUUGGAUUUCUAGGCAAUUUUUGAGCUCCUGGCCCCAUUUUCAAGCCCUAGAUUGCAUUUUCAGUCAAUUUUUAGGCUCUGGAGCAUAUUUUUAAGCUCUAAAGCCCGAAAAAUCGAUUUUCUGACCAAUUUAAGAAAAAAUCAAUAAAAAAAUAUUUGAUAACAAAUUAUAUCAAAAUUUUGAAACGUAAUUUUUUUGGAUUUUGAAAAAUUCGAUUUUUUAGUCUAGAUUUGUCUGAAAAACUCGAAUAAAUUUAUUUAUGACGUGGAAAUUCGAAAAUUGAAAGUUUGUAUGGGGAAAAUCAUAUUUUCUAGCUCUAGAACUCAAAAAUGGGAUUUUCUAUCAAUUUUUCAGGCUCUGGAGCCGAUUUUAAGCUUUAGAUCUCAAAAAUUGCAUUUCAGUCAAAUUUUAAGAAAAAAAAACAAUUAUUAAAUUGAAAAAAAUAUUUGAUAAAAAAUUAUAUCAAAAUUUUGAAACGUAAUUUUUUUGGGUUUUGAAAAAAUUAGAAUUUUUACUCUAAAUUUGUCUGAAAAUAAUAAUUUGAGCUGAAAAACUAGAAUAAAUUUAUUUAUGACGUUGAUAUUCGAAAAUUGAAAGUUUGUAUGAGGAAAAUCUGAAAAAGCAGAAUAUUUCAGAACAAACAUUGAAAUUUUUAAAAGUUAAUGGAUCCAAGAACAUCAAAUUAUUGAUUUUCUGUCAAUUUUUGAGCUUCUGAGCAUAUUUUCAAAGUUUAGAGCCCGAAAAAUUCGAUUUUCUACCAAUUUUUGAGCUUCUGAGCAUAUUUUCAAGGUCCUGAGCUCAAAAAAUCGAUUUUCUGUCAAUUUUUUAAGCUUCGGAGCAUAUUUUUAAGCUCUGGAGCUCAAAAAAUCGAUUUUCAGGCAAUUUUUGAGCUUCUGAGCCGAUUUUCAAGCUUUAAAGCUCAAAAAUUGGAUUUUUGAGCAAUUUUCGCUCAAAAUCUGAAAUCUGAAAAUAUUCCAGACAUAAAUCCAAUGAGAAUUUGGGAUUCUCAACUUCUCACAACAUUGGAGCAAGUGAAUAAAGUUAGUGAUUUGAUUGUUGCCAGAAAUCCGGAAUUUGCCGAAUUUUUAUCCAAAUAA